CGCUCUUCCUUUUCUUUUUUGAAGAUUACACGAAUAGGUUUCUUCUUUCAUACUUUUGUAGGUUUGAUUGUAUGUUUUGAACGAAAAUCAUAUGCGUCCUUGUUUAACUAGGCGGGCUGCAGUGAAUCCUGAAACCCCCUCGUUUCUGGAUACUGAUCCUGCUUUUGUAACAUCUCGUCCUGAAAUAGAAGUUUUUGGAACUCGGUAUUAUCGCCAUAUCCGACAUCCUUCCCCAGAUGGACUUGAUAGGAUGAUGAUGCUCCAGAAUAGUUUUAUCAUGGGAGGAAGAUUGGAUCGAUUUAGCAACUGGAGACUUGAUAUUGAUCACAUGACAUAUGAGCAACUGCUCGAGUUAGGUGAUAGAAUUGGUUAUGUGAAUACUGGAUUAAAAGAAGAUGAGAUCAGCAGCUGUGUCAAGAAAAUUAAUCCCACAAUCAUCAAAGAACUGCCAUCACAUUUACCCAUGACAUUGGAAAAGAAGUGCAGCAUUUGUCAGGAUGAAUUCGAAGAAGCUGAUGAGUUGGGUAAACUAGAUUGUGGACAUGGCUUUCACGUACAAUGUAUAAAGAAAUGGCUUGCACAGAAAAAUACAUGCCCGGUCUGUAAAACUGAACCGGUGGCUCGAGCCUAGUUCUUCAAACUGCUGCUAUUUACCUGUUGGUGUGUAUAGAUUUCAUUUCCUAUACGUAUUCAAGCAUCCAUUCUUUAGCCUGAAGCUUCAACUCCAGUAUGCCUAGAAAUCAGAGGCUUUUUCUUCUGUUCUUUUCUUUUCUUUUUUAGUGAUCCAGCAAUCUCAUGCUGAUUGAAAUUAUUGCGUUGCUGAAAUUUGAUGGAAAUCAUUGCAGUUUGAUAGAUGUUUGAAAUGGAAUGUGCUCAAUUCCAUAACACUUCUAGGGUUAUUUCUGAAUGAUGCUUUUUUAACUUGUAAUUGUAGCUUUAUUUAGUAGUUGAGGUUAUAAGCUUUUAAUCU